GCUUUACAGUGGAGUGAGUGGGAGAGCGAGAACGAGAGAUAAAGCUCUUAAAUUGAAUUGAGAGCGAGAGAGGGGCAGGGCGGAGAAUUGAGAGGAGCAAGCUCACUGCCAACCGUGGUAGCGCAAUAUGGAGUAAUCGCGUCCGCUCGACAACGACGGGAGUAGUUUACAAAGAAAAACCCGCUUUGGAUCGACAUUACAUUAGCAAGGAAUAAGAUAACAAUUUCAAUUAUGAGAUUACGGCAUUGCAUAUAGACAAUUGACUUGAAGAGACUAAAAUAGACGUUGUAAUUUCUAUUUAUUAUAGAAAAAUGGCGAACGAGUCUCCAGCUAAAAGUCUAGUGGACAUAGACCUUGCCUCUUUGCGGGACCCAGCUGGUAUUUUCGAACUGGUGGAAGUGGUCGGCAAUGGUACCUAUGGACAAGUAUACAAGGGCCGACAUGUCAAGACAGGACAACUGGCGGCCAUCAAGGUCAUGGACGUCACAGAGGAUGAAGAGGAAGAGAUUAAACUGGAGAUUAAUAUGCUGAAGAAGUACUCCCACCACAGAAACAUAGCCACCUACUACGGAGCCUUCAUCAAGAAGAGCCCCCCAGGACACGACGACCAGCUAUGGGUAACUGGUGUGGAGUUCUGUGGUGCAGGCUCCAUCACAGACCUUCUGAAGAACACCAAGGGCAACACACUGAAGGAGGACUGGAUCGCCUACAUCUCUCGUGAGAUCCUCAGGGGGUUGGCUCACCUGCACGCCCACCAUGUGAUCCACCGUGACAUCAAGGGCCAGAACGUGCUGCUAACUGAGAACGCAGAGGUCAAACUAGUGGACUUCGGUGUGAGCGCCCAGCUGGACCGGACAGUGGGUAGGAGGAACACCUUCAUUGGUACGCCCUAUUGGAUGGCGCCCGAGGUCAUCGCCUGCGACGAGAACCCAGACGCCACCUAUGACUACAGAAGUGACUUGUGGUCCACUGGAAUCACAGCUAUAGAGAUGGCUGAGGGAGCUCCUCCGCUGUGCGAUAUGCAUCCAAUGAGAGCUCUCUUCCUCAUCCCCAGAAACCCUCCUCCUCGACUCAAGUCAAAGAAAUGGUCUAAGAAGUUUUGCAGCUUCAUCGAGGGCUCCCUGGUGAAGAACUACACUCAGCGCCCCCCCACCGACCAGCUGCUGAAACACCCCUUCAUCAGAGACCAGCCCAAUGAAAGGCAGGUCCGCAUCCAGCUCAAAGACCACAUCGACCGCACCAAGAAGAAGAGGGGGGAGAAGGAUGAGACCGAGUAUGAGUACAGCGGGAGUGAGGAAGAGGAGGAGGAAGCUCAGGAGCAGGAGGGGGAGCCCAGCUCCAUAGUGAACCAACCAGGGGAGUCAACCCUGCGUAGGGAUUUCAUCCGUCUGCAGCAAGAGAACAAGGAGCGCUCAGAGGCCCUGCGCAGACAGCAGCUCUUGCAGGAGCAGCAGCUCCGGGAGCAGGAGGAGUACAAGCGCCAACUACUGGCAGAGAGGCAGAAACGCAUCGAGCAGCAGAAGGAGCAGAGGAGGAGGCUGGAGGAGCAACAACGUCGUGAGCGGGAGAUGAGGAGGCAGCAGGAGCGCGAGCAGCGUCGCCGGGAGCAGGAUGACAAGAGGCGCAUGGAAGAGGUUGAACGCCGGCGUAAAGAGGAGGAGGAGCGCAGGAGGGCUGAGGAGGAGAAAAGGAGGGCUGACCGGGAGCAGGAGUACAUCCGUCGCCAGCUGGAGGAGGAGCAGAGGCACCUGGAGAUCCUGCAGCAGCAGCUGCUCCAUGAACAGGCCAUGCUACUGGUGAGACCGAACUGUGCUGAUGAGAGGUACCGUAAGAACAUCCAAGGUUCUCCUCAGGCCGCCCAGGUUAAGGUUCAGCCGCCGGUUCCUCCCCGCGCCGCCGAGACCAUCGCCAAUGGAAACGCCCCCAUUGCUGUCCAGCCUGCCAUGCAAAGGCCCAUGGAACCCCAGGUUCCUGUGAGGACAACGUCCAGGUCUCCAGUACUGUCACGCAGGGACUCUCCUCUCCAUGGCAACCUCAAUGCCACGCCUAACAACCCGGCGGGCCAGAGGAACGCCUGCAGUGCUGCAGCGGAGCCGCGUCUGCUGUGGGAGCGGGUGGAGAAACUGGUUCCCAGGCCAACGAGUGGCAGUGGUAGUACUUGCAGCUCCUCCGGCUCCAGUAACUCCAGCUCCCAGCCCAGCUCUCACAGUGGCUCAGGGGAGAGGUUCAGAGCCCGCUCCUCAUCAAAGUCUGAGGGUUCUCCCCUCCAGCAUCCAGAGCAUACUGGGAAAAAACCUGAGGAGAGGAAGGAGUCGGUCAGAACUAACCGACUGGCGGACCUGACCGUGCUGGCCAAAGAGCUGCGUGUGGUGGAGGACGUGCAACGCCCCCACAAGGUGACGGACUACUCCUCAUCUAGUGAGGAGUCGGGGACCACGGAUGAGGAUGAGGAUGAUGAAGAGGUGGACCAGGAGGGAGGAGAGGAGUCUACCUCAGGACCAGAGGACUCUCACGCUGUCUCCUCCAGACUAAGCAACGGAGAGAUGGAAUCGGUGAAGACCUUGAUCGUUCACGACGAGGGCGAGAGUGACUCUAAAAUCACGCCCUGUAAAGAUGACACUCUGAUCGUCAGACCGAGUACAGGUGACAACAAAAAGCGACCUGCCCCCAGCCCUGGUCAUGGCCCUGUCCCUGGGUUUAACACCAGCCCUGGGCUGAUUCACCCUGCCCUCCAGGGCCUUCCAGGCCUCCAAGGCCACCCUGGUCUCCAAGGCCACCAGGAGAAAAAUGGCUUUGUGGGCCGCAUUCACCUCCUGCCUGACCUGAUCCAGCAGAGCCACCACUCCCCCUCCUCCUCUGCCUCCUCCUCUCCCUCCUCCUCCAGCAUGGCGAGCCCCACCAUGUCCAUGUCCCCCCAGAGCCCCCUGGACAAGCUCAGCAUACUCCUGGAGAGUCAUUCUGUCAGCAACACAAUGCAGAAACACAAGUCCUCCUCCUCCUUCACUCCUUUUAUCGAUCCACGCCUCCUCCAGGUCUCUACAUCCGGCGCCGCUCUCAACAACCUGGCUUUUGGGAACGAUGCCAGGCUGGCGGAGGCACUGAGGGCGGACCCGUCACGUAAAGGCUCCGUGGUCAAUGUGAACCCUGUCAACACACGGCCGCAGAGCGACACCCCAGAGAUCCGCAAGUACAAGAAGAGGUUCAACUCUGAGAUCCUGUGUGCUGCGCUCUGGGGAGUGAACCUGCUGGUGGGGACAGAGAGUGGCCUGAUGCUGCUGGAUCGUAGCGGUCAGGGGAAGGUGUAUCCCCUCAUCAGCCGACGCCGCUUCCAACAAAUGGAUGUCCUAGAGGGACUCAACGUCCUGGUUACUAUAUCAGGCAAGAAGAACAAGUUGCGUGUGUACUAUCUGUCCUGGUUGAGGAACAAGAUCCUGCACAACGACCCUGAGGUGGAGAAGAAGCAGGGCUGGGUCACUGUGGGAGACCUGGAGGGUGCUGUUCACUACAAAGUUGUGAAAUACGAGAGGAUCAAGUUUUUGGUUUUGGCCCUGAAGAACUCGGUGGAGGUCUAUGCAUGGGCACCGAAGCCCUACCACAAGUUCAUGGCUUUCAAGUCGUUUGGUGACCUGGUGCACAAGCCCCUGCUGGUUGACCUGACGGUGGAGGAGGGUCAGAGGUUAAAGGUAAUCUAUGGCUCCAGUAACGGAUUUCAUGCCGUCGACGUGGACUCGGGGGCAGUCUACGACAUCUACCUGCCCACCCAUAUCCAGACCAGUAUCCAGUCCCAUGCCAUCAUCAUCCUGCCCAACACAGAUGGCAUUGAGCUGCUGGUGUGUUACGAGGACGAGGGUGUCUAUGUCAACACCUACGGACGCAUCACCAAGGAUGUGGUGCUGCAGUGGGGCGAGAUGCCCACUUCUGUGGCCUAUAUCCGUUCUAACCAGAUAAUGGCGGGGGGAAAAGCCAUAGAGAUCAGAUCUGUGGAGACUGGACCUGACGGAGUCUUCAUGCACAGAAGAGCCCAGAGACUCAAGUUCCUGUGUGAGAGGAACGACAAGGUGUUCUUUGCCUCGGUGCGAUCCGGAGGAGCCAGCCAGGUGUACUUUAUGACCCUGGGGCGCACCUCUCUGCUCAGCUGGUAGAGAGACUACACCCCCUCUACACUGGAAACCAACCAACCACGUUUUACCCGACGUUCAGCGAUGCCAACGGACAAAAGCCAACCACCUCCGACAUAGACCUUCGACCCGGAGCAUCGUGCUAUAUUGAGGAUACACAACAUCCAGAUGACGUCGCCCCAGCCGUGAAUACCAGAUAUGAGAAUUGUAAAAAAUGAAGUUAAUUGAUUAUAAAUCAAAUAAAAAAUGUGAAGAAAGGGGGUGAACAAUUUGCCCCACUUUGGUGCUCAACAGAUUGUGGACACACGUCUUUGCGGGGCCGUUGCCCUGAAGGUGUGUGUGUGUGUGUGUGUGUGUGUUGUUGGUGUGUGUGUGUGUCGUUCCUAGUUCCUGACUGUGGUAUGGGCUUAAAGUCUACUACUAACUGUGCAUCUUCUGCUCGUAUUUCAGGAGCCCCCCUCCCCUCCACCCCUUCCUUUCCUUAGCGAAGGAGGGGCAGGGGGCGGAGCAUACAGUGUUAAUGCUACGGUAGUGUAUGUCAAUGUCUUUCUGUUUGGUCCAAUGAUUGCUGACUGCAGGGGGGGGGGGCAGGUGUUGAAGCUGUCAGUCAGGGAGGAGGCGGGAAUAAAGAAGCUGAGCAAGGGAGCCAAUUGGUUCUAGGCUCAGUGCUGUCAUGACACAGUGUGUGGGAAGGGCCUAUGCAUUUUACCGUAAAUCUGUUAUCUGAGAGGACUCAGCUGGAGUGUGUUGAUAGUUAGGACAGCUACCGUAUUUUAAUGGGCAAGUUCAUGGAAAAGGAUUUGAACCAGAUGGACUUUGAAAUAGUGUUUUUUAUUUUAUUAUGAUUCCCUAAAAAAAAGUAACUAUUUGGAGUUAAUAUUUAUUUGACCUUGGUUUUAAAAAUCACAAUGCACAUAGCCUCCAGUCUUCUUUGCUUUUAUUCCAACCCACAACACAUUCAAAUGCUUUAGGAGUCAGAGAGUGGGUGGGUAAAACAUUUAAAUAGUAUCUAUGUAUAAUAAAUAUUAAUUUAAUAUCAUUCAUAGUUUCAAUGAUCAUGUUAGUGGAAUCCUCAGUCCAACAUGACGAUGUGAUCCGGCUUGGACCAUCAGAGUCCAGGAUGGAGGACAUGGUCCUGAUGUGAAUAGACAGAUAUAAUAAAAGAGAGUGGAGGAGAAGGUUCAGGUCAUAUACAGUUUGUGUGUGGUAGUAAAGGGGCCAAUAGAUGAGAGAGGAGGGGUGUCAAUGUAAGUUUUUGUAGCAGAAAGGUUACACAUGGUCAGCAAAACUCAAUGGACUCAUAGUCGGUGGAUGGAAAAAACGGUGGUGUUUUAUUGUUGUUUUUCAUUAAUAUCUUUUUAUGAAUGCAAUGCACUAAGUGUCAAGAAUGUAGAAAGAAAUAUACUGUGUGGUGGUCAAAGMCAUGAGAAUUUUAUUUGUGUUCCUUGUCACAAGUGAUCAAUUUCAAGUUGACACAAGUGAAUAUUAAACAAUGGAGGCUCUAAGGAAGAUGUCAGUUUUUGGGGCAAUUCUGAAUAGUUUCUGAGACUAGGUUGUGACUCCUUUCACAAACUCAAUGUUUUAAAGUGAAUCGGGGCUUGAGCGUUAACAGCUCUGAGUUGAGAAGGUGCUAGGCCACAGUAGUUUCCUGUGGGGCCGGUAUGCUCACAGUAGCUUAAUCAACCUGAUGCGCUAACAGGGCUUAGACCUCAGUGUUUAACUGUAAACAACAUUGCCAGGCUCAAUAAAGAAGUCUUGAGCUCUACUUCUUGUCCUUCUCGUGUGAUGUGUCAGCUUGUUAAUGGAAGGCAAAACAAAACAACUGUUUCAAAUCAGAGGAGAGCAGACUGGUCAUCAGAAGCCAGAGCAUGGGUGACAUCUGUGAUUCUACAGCUCUUUGAAGGUGUUCACCACAGAAACCCACUUUGGGAAGAAUCUUUUUUGUUGUUGUUCACUGUUAAAGGGUAUAGUCUGUACAUCUGAAGACUAUUCAAUACACUGCAAUYUUCCCUGCCACGGCUCUCUCACGACAGGGUAUCUGACCUGCCUAAAACAUGGUGACAAACAACAUGAAUAAUAUAAUUUUCCUGAGGAGGAUUACCCUACUUUUCRCAAGGAACACAACUGUGUUUUAAUGGUGAUGAUGGAUCAAAGCUAUUUCACCUAAGGGGACAGAUUCUCUACCCUAACUGUGUUUCAGACUCCAUGGUGGGUCAAUCACUCUCUGAGUUGGGUCUUUCUCCUACUAACAGUCAUGCCAUUCAUUGUGUGUAGAGSUGUGGGAAAGGCACUGCAAAUUAUACAUCACAGAAUUUUUUUCACAAGCCAACCUUUUUUAUAUAUGGAAAAAGAAACCAGUUUGAAAAGCGAACCCCAAUGCUGUACGUGUGUGUGUUGAAUAGCCCCCCCCCCAGCGCUGUCCCACUAUGUCUUUCUGGUUACAUCAAGGCCUUCAUGAGUGGCGUAAGUGAGUUUAUUAAGUUUAUGGUUAUUGAUAUUCUAUUAAUGGAAAAACGGACAACAAUUUCUUCGCAAUCUGAAAAGCAUUCGCUUGCUGAUUUMAUGUUUUAUAAAAGUGCCAAGAUGGCAACAUUAAAAGUGUAAAAGGAAUGACGAAACCACAAUGUUGAUAAAUAUACUUUUUUAAGAUCUCACUUGAAGCAUUAKGUUUUAGACUUAGUUAAGAAGCUUAACAAUAGUUUAUGUACUCUGCAGUGGUUGACUAUUAUAACACUCAUGUUAGGUUGAGAAAAUGGCAAUGUUUACAGAGGCAAUGUUUUGUUACACUAAUGUGUAUCAUAAUAUUUGUUUUUUUAGCUUGUUUUAUAUUGAACAUGAUUUUCGUCAAUAAUCCUAAAUUAUGCCUUUUUUAUUUUUUUUCAAACAACUCAAAACACAAUAAACAAUACACAUGCAACAUUUGAUUCUCCAGAUGAUCCCAUAACAUCGUUCCCAGAGUUGUGGGGACAUUGUAGUGACAAAGUCCGUUCCUUGCAGGCUUGGAUGUAAGUCAGGCUUGGGUGUUUUUCUCCAGUGUUUCUGCCAUGCUACUCUAACUUAUGUGCUCUCUGUGUAUGACAGGAAGUCUUGUAUUUUCCUGAAGGURUUUUCUCUUUGAAUAAACUCUAAAGUAAUAUAAAGA